AUGGAGCCUAGCAGAACUGAAGAUGAGUUCUCUACACCUUCUAAGGACCCCAAGUAUCAAGCGCACGCCUUUAUUCGUGAAGGCAAAUUGGAUCUCCUCAGAGACUUCCUUGACAAGUCACCCGACUCCGUCCACGCACCAUCCUUCUCCGGCACCUUCUUAGCCGUCGCCAUUGGGUGCAACAACGUCGAAGCCACUCGAAUCUUGCUGGAUACCGGGGCAAGCCCUCUGGAGAAUGAAUGGUUCGGCAACUGUUUCUACACUUCGCUGGAAUUUGCGGCAGCCCAUGGUAACCGGGACAUCUGGCGACUUCUACUGGAUCGACUUAAGACAAUGACCCCAUCCGGUAUUGUGGUCCACGGCCACAAUGAGCAGGAGCUUGUUGAUAUGUCUUUUGUUCAGGCAGCUAUCUUUGGACAUGUUGGCAUAGUGGCCGAGUAUUUGGACGCUGUGGAGUGGGCUUGGAGUCACGGUAUUCUCAACCGUGUUCUUGCAUGUGCUGCCGCAAGGUGGCAUGCAGAGAUCGUCGACCUGCUCCUUGGUAAAGUUCAGUACGAUAAGAGCACCCUGGAGACGGUUCUGGAGGUUUCCAUGAAUGAUCGCAUCAAUGUGCCGGAUGUGAUAGGUCGUCGUGUUCUGUACGUCCAAUCCGACUGGGAGAAACACUACCACAUGAUAUCACGCUUGAUUGACGCCAGCGGUAUCAACUUGCUCCUGAAAAGCUCUGCUCUUCUGAGUCGAGCCGUUGAAGGCAUUGAAAAGCAAGGCGGGCUGAGGGCUCUUCUCGAAAAAGGGGCUGACCCGAAUACACAGUGGGAAGACGGAUAUACUGCCCUGCAUCUGCUUGCUUUCCCCAUCAGCAUGGACCCUGGGAUACGGAGGCAACGGCAUAAUUUGCUGGAUCCUCUCUGCGGGCAUGAGACGCAUGAAGUUGGGAUUCGCCUUCUAAUUAAACACGGCGCCUCGAUCACAAUCAGAGAUGACGAGAGAGCUAUGGCAUCGCACUUGGCCGCAGAAGGCUUGGAUACAGCAACUUUCCUUCGCUAUUACUUACCAAGCCAGCCGGCCCUGUCACAGACAAACGUGUACGGAGAGUCACUUCUUCAUUAUGCAGCUGCGGGUGGAAAGUACGAAACGCUCAAAUAUCUACUAUCUGGUAGUCAUGGCUUCAACAUAAACUCUGCCAAUAGCACGGGAUGGACGCCUCUCAUCUGCGCGCUAGCACCAAACUCGCGAGUCUAUAAAACAGAACAUGCAGCUAUCAACUCUGCGCGUCUUCUCCUUUCUCUUGGGGCUGAUCCUACGGCUACAACUGCUGAGGGAUGGACUAUCUGGCAUGUCCUCGGAAGCUAUCAAGACAGGACCGAGAUGAGCCCAGUCAACAAUCGAACGACCGACGAUGAGCCAGAACUUUGUGAGGAGGAGUUUGAGGAGGACCAAGUAUUCUUGGAGGAACCUUGGGUCAGCAUGUCGGACCCAGAGUUCCAAGCAAGACAUGGGGCAUUGGACCGCGAUUCUAGGGCUACAGAUCUCGCUCGCGAACUCCUGAAUGGGCCUUUGAACCCUCUUCCGUCUAUUACAAACCCAGCGCGAGUCUACUCCAGUGAGGUUCCUCACAAGAGAAAUCCUUGCCACAAAGCUGCCUGGGGUGGAAGAUUGGGCAAGGAUAUUCUUCGGCCUGCCGACCGUGACUCGGGGCCUCUUUCGCAAGGAGGCCUCGGCGACACCGAGCCUACGCGUGCCAAGCAUGGACAUACGCCGCUUCAUUGGGCUGCUGAGCAUGGAGCUGCAGGCGUGGCAAGGUUGCUUUGCGAAGCUGGAGCGGAUAAAGGGGCUCGGGACAGUGAGGGCAUGACACCAUGGGACCUUGCUGAUCGAAGCAGGAUCAUCGGUGACGCUAAACUGCGUGCUGCCACAAAAAGCGCAGUCGGUUUGUCACGUACAGAAUCGGAAGGAUGUGUGGCUCCAUAG